AAUUUUCAUUCCUAAUUCCUAUUUUCAACCCUCAAAACCCCUAAACUAUUCACUCUUCCAUCACUUCAUCUUCUCCCCUCUCUCUAAAAUCCUCUCUCCACCACCGCUGCUCCGCCUCUAGUGAGCACCGCACACCACUCUCCCCCCACUCAUCGUCUCUUACCCUCUCCUUCUCCGGAAAGACUAAUCACCGAAGAAAAACUUGUUUUCCCUCAACCGCCACACCCCAGAACCACCAAAAGCGGUCGCCUCCUCUUCCCUCCUCACUCUCUCAUCUCCGAUGAGACAGCCACCAGGAUCCUACCACACACCACCUUCCCCUCUUUUUUCUGCUCUUCAUCUUCUCACAAAAAGAGAGCAGCCGCCAUGCCCCCUUCUCCUCUCUUCUCCCCCUCCGACGAAAUCGACCCUCUCCCCUUUCUCCAACUCUGACGGACAGAACACCCAUUCGAACUCCCUUCGCUGCCAUUCCCCUCUCCUCUGCUCCAUCUCGGCAAAGUCCCACUGAUGAGAUGAGCGUCUGCCCAUAUCCCAUUGACCCAUUCCCACCACGAAGCGACAAAGAAAACACCACUACUGCCAAAGACUGACCAACGAGGCUCUAUUAAGGUCAAGAUUAUUUCGUCCAAAGAUCGAUCUUCACAUAUCGGUUGUGGUAUGAUUUCCUAUUUUUUGCUACUCCCAUUAGUCGAUUCUUUGAGCAGAUUAUGAGUUCUACAAUUGCAUUAUUGCUUAUUGUUUAAAUUCUUAAUAAUUCAUAUUCGUAUUGGCUAUUACAAGUGAAAAACCCCUAUGGUUGUUCGACUGAAACUCACAUCUUCUGGUGAAAAAGCUAUGGUUUGAAUUAGUUGACCAUUUUAAUAUUUUCUUCCUUGAUUGAUUCUGGACAGCUUUUACAUGCUUGCAUAUGGCAUGUUAGGAAUUGAAUAUUCCAGACAAGUGUAGUCUUAAUCUGCUAAUUUCAUCAUAAUGAUUUCGCUUCUUGUUUGAAUUAGAACAACUCACAUAUUCAUCUUAAUUAUAAAAUAACUAAUUGAUUGAAGUACUUGAUUUUGGGAAAUAUUUAUAGUAAAUAGCAUAUUGCUAGUGUUGACAGCUUAAUUGCACUAAAUCAAUUAAUUUGUUACAGAAGGCCUUUCAUUAUUGCAUUCCCCUUGUUGUUUACUUUGAUUUAGUUGAGUAAUUUGACACAUGAUUAACUACUGAUUACCAUAAUUGAAAAAUCUCCAAAGUUCGGAUGGUAAUUAAUUAGUUUCCUUCUUUAUUUGGAUCAUUUUUGGUAAGUGGAAAUCUUAAUUUCGUACGUUCGCAUGUGACUUCUUGUGUUAAUCAUAAUACUUUGUUCUUUUGGUAAACUGGAAUUUCAUAAUUAUAUUUUGAUUGACUGUAGUAUACUCUAUUCCUAUAUUUGAUUUCUUUACCUUAAUUAGCUUGAACAGCUUUUACACUUGUGCAUAUAGGGAAAUUUUAUUUUGUUUUGGGGAUAUAUCUUAAUUUACACUCUGAUUUAUUCUCUUCCUAUUACGGGUUGUGCUCUUUGCACUGUAUAAUAAAAGCAAUCUGGCCAUUCUUUGAGGGAGACGAGGACUAGACACUUCAGACACAGCUUUACAGACUAAAAGAGAACAACUUCUCUUCUUCACUCCCUUUCACAUAAUUUAUGAGCUUUUCAUACUUUCCUUUGGUAUUUUUUUGGUUGUGAAUAUUACUGUUCAAGUGUUGUGAUCUUGACGGCUGCUAUUGACAUCUCUGAUCGUCUUCAUCUCUUUAUUACUCGAUAAUUUUCAACCGGUUAGUAAUUCUUAUUGUUUUAAUUCUUGUAUAGUGCAAAGUUUUACUUUAAAUUUCUUGCAUAAUUUAUAUUACUAAAUAAAAAUGGAAAGCAUCCAGGUUAAUCACAUAUCAGUUUUGAUAUGUAUACAUUAUCAGUUUCUCUGUUUUGAAAGCUACAUGAUUAUUGCAUAUUAUUGGUAUUCCGUAUCUUGUUUGUAUUUUCUUUAUGGUUUAGCAGGUCUUGAACUAAAACUCAAGACAAGAAGAGUUCUCCUAGGUGGGAAAGUCGGGAUCUUAUUGUUUUAUUUUAAAUCUUUUAUUUAUAAUUUAUAUUACUUUAUUUACGUGCUUCUUUAUUCGGUCUUGUAAUAAUGUUGUAAACUAUCCAUAUAUAAUAAAAUAAAAUAACGCGGGGCUGCUUUCAAUUUGGGAGCGGGGAAUUAUGUGCUAAUUGCUUAAAUAUUUUUUCUUUUAUUUACUAAACAUUUUUUAUAACUCAUAUAUUUUUUACAACUUUUUACUCAUUUUAAAACCAUUAUCUAGUUUCCUUUUCUACAACUUGAGCUAGAUAGUGUGUUCAAAAUUAUUAGUUAUUACAAAAAUACUAUCUCCUAACCUAUAGUUAGCGGGAAAGUAAAAGGAAUUACGAGGUCUAAUUUCAAAUUUUAAACUAAGUCAGCGCGUCCUCGGGAGUAUCACUUACCCAAUAUUUAUCAAAAGAGAUUAUGUGUAUUUAUAUCUAAAUAUAUUUAUGUGCUUAUUUUAAUCAAAGCUUUCACUUAUCUUUUAAAAAUUGUUAUUAUUAUUUUUCUAAGACCGACCUCAAAUCAAAGAAUAUUUUUAUGGUGGAGGAGCGCGAUUAACAAUAUCGUGACAUCAUCCUUAUAAAGAAACAAACAUGUUUUUCAAGUCUAAAAAUUCCAUUGUGAAGUUUCUUUCAAACCUUAAGCAUUUUAUUUGUUUAAUUAAGUUUAUAAUUAUGUUUUAUUUGUUUGGGGUAGUUUAGUUUACAUAUGAUCUAUAUAGAUUUUUCAUAUACAACUUUGCCGUUUCUAUCUUUUUGCUUAUCCGAUGUUAUAAAUUGCACAUGAUUGGUCACCUAAUUAUUUCAUUUGUAUUAAAUAAGUAAUAUAAAGUUUGCAUGUCUAAAUUUGUGUUGUAAUUAACAAGUUAAUGUGUUUAAUUAUAUUAUCACAUAGAUUUGUAUUAAUUAGAUUAAAUGGAUUUAUGUAGAUCUCAUUAACUUGUUUUAAAAAUAUUACAUUCUUUAUGACCUACUUUAUAUUUAUUUAAUUAAGGUCAAAUCCAUCGGUGACCCCUUAAAGUUGGCACAACUUUCACUUAGACACCUAAAUCAAGAGAUAUUUAUUUUAGACACCUAAUGUAAAGGUCUGAUAUGUCAUUUUGAUACUUUUUAAAUAAUCCGAAGUUGGAGUAUGGAGUGUGUAUUACACUUUUCUCCACAUAGAUUAGUUGACCAAUUAAAUUUUGCCAAUACUAUCAUCUUUACACGUCAUAACUUUAAGAUUAAAUGCCCAAAACUUGAUCUUCUGUCCUUUGUCUCUUUAGUUCAAAGAAAACCCUUUUCCUUCUUCACCGAUCAAACCUAGCUAAGUGUAUGAAAGUUCAAUCUUCCUCAAUUUUCAUUCAGUGCCCAAAACUUGAUCUUCAACACACUGUGUACAUUGUCUCUUCAGUUCAAAUGAAACCCUCUUCCUUCUUCAUCGAUCAAAACCUAGGUAAGUGUAUGAAAGUUCAAUGUGUCUUGAUUUUCAUUCAAUUCUUAGGUAGUACUAACUGUUAUGUUUGUUUAUCUUGCCAAUUUUCAGGUUUAAAGGUUGAAAUCAAGUGUUAGAGAUUGCAAUUUUAUUGGGCGUUUUGACAUUUCUAACAUCUGCUUCUUGAAGUUAUAUUAGUUUGUGUUUGCAUGUUUCAUCCUUGAAGAAGAAGGUGUAUGUUCUGGUUGUGUCACUAUCUGUUAGCAUUUUGUACCUAGUUUUUUUUUGGAAAUUGCACUGAUAAAUUAAGGGACUUUUUGGGUAUUUUCUUUUUGAGAUAUGGACGACUAUAUAUUGACAUGUUUUCAUCAUGGGAGUCAUGUUAUUGCAGACCCUAACCCUACUUAUAAAGGAGAAGUAGAUAUAUUUGUCGUUGCCAUUGAUAAAGAUUAUUUUAGCCUUGUCGAAUUUCUUUCAUACACUGAAGACCUUGGAUACCCAAAUGUGAAGGAUUUUUACUGUCAAAAUGAAAUUAACAAUGAAUUUAUCCAAAUUAUUUCUAAUAUUCAGUUGUUAGACUAUGUGAAAGACUUAAUAGAUGGUGAUGACUUUUAUGUUUAUGUGGUCCAUGAAAUUGAUGAGCUAGAGGAAUUGCCAACUCCAGUUGGUCUUUUGCCAUGGUCAGACUAUGUUGAUGUUGGAAAUGUGGAGAAUAAGGCUGUUUCAGAUGUGAAUGAGACUGAUGAUGUUUCAGAUGUGAAUGAGUCAGAUCUGCCUAGUAGUGACUCAGAUAUAAAUGUCAUUCCUGAUGAAGAUGGUUUAGAUGUUGAUAAAAAAUUGAGAUCCUUUAGAUCUGAAAGUAGGAACAAAAGAAAUUCUAAUCCUAAGAAAAAAAAGAAAGUACCUGAAGAAAUACCAGUAGGUGAAACUGGUAUUGAUAGAAGCUUUGAAGAUAUUGAAAGAAAUAAGAAGGAUAGAUAUGUUGGCAGAUUAGGAGGAGAUGAAGUGUAUAUUGAUAGCUCAAACUGUGAUAGUGAUAAUAGCACAAAUGUGGUAGAUGUAGAAGCUGUUAGGGGUGUUGAUCAACCAGGAAGAAGAAAGAGUAAAAAUGUCAGGUAUGAUGCUGAAUGUGAAGUCUCUAUUUUUUAAAAUGCUAAACAAUUUAGAAAGGCUUUGACAAAUUAUGCAGUAGAAAAUAAUUAUCAGAUUAAGUUAAGGCCUAAUGAAAUUCAUAGAGUUAGGGUUAAAUGUAUUCAAAGAAAAAUGCAAAUGGUUGUGUUAUGGUGCAACUGAUAGAAAUUCUGAUAACUUUUUGAUCAAUAACUACCAUCCUAUACAUAAGUGUUCUCCAUGAAGUAAGAACAAAAUGUGUACAAGUAAAUUCCUAGCAAAUAAAUUCAGGGAUGAAAUAAAUUAACAAUCAUCCAUAAAGAUUUGGGAAAUACAAGAAUUGUGCAGGGAGACGUUAGGAUUGUAUGUGGGUAGGACCAUCUCUUACAAGGCAAAGCUAAUGAUUCUUAGAGAAUCCAUGAGUGACUGGAAUAUGGAAUUUGUAAGAUUAUGUGAUUAUGCUGAGGUUAUAAAAUAGACCAAUUCUGAUAGUUUUGUUUUUUUAAGAAUGGAUGGAGAAACUGCACCAGAAAAGAAUUUGUUUGUAUACUUCUAUGUGUGCUUGGAUGCAUUGAAAAAGGGGUGGAAGGAAGGAUGUAGAAGAAUAAUAGGAUUUGAUGGAUGUUUUUUAAAGGGUGCUUGCAAGGGUGAACUUCUAGUAGCAGUUGGCAAGAAUGGAAACAAUCAGAUGUUUCCUAUAGCCUGGGCAGUUGUAGAUAAGGAAACUAAGCAUAGUUGAAGUUUCUUUAUCAAUUACUUGAAAGAGGACCUGCAGUUGGGUACUGGACAGGGCCUUACUGUGAUGACAGAUAUACAAAAGGGUUUUCAUGCAGCAGUUGUUGAAAUGCUACGAAAUGUUGAAGUUAGAAUGUGUGCUAGACACAUUUGGUCUAAUUGGAAUCAAACCUAGAAAGGAGAGGAAAGGAGAAAACAAUUCUGGAGAUGUUCAAAGUCAAGUUUUGAAGUGAAGUUCAAGGAUGAGCUUCCUAAAAUGAGCAAACUUGGUAAGGAUAUUUUUGCUGACCUAUUGCAUUAUCCAAAGGUGUCAUGGGUUAGGGCAUUCUUUCAAGAGCAUUCCAAAUGUGAUGUAGUUGAAAAUAACAUGUGUGAAACCUUUAACUCAUGGAUUAUAUCAUGUAGACACAAAUCUAUAAUAACCAUGUUGGAGGAAAUUAGGAAAAAGAUAAUGAUAAGAACUGUGGAUAUGAUUAAGUUUGCCAACACCUGGAUAUCUGAUAUUGCAUUUAUGGCUAGACUUAUCUUACAGGAGAAUAAGGACAAGUCUAGGACAUGCAAGGUGCUUUGGAAUGCUGAUGUUAGGUUUGAGAUUGGAGAAAGGGAGUACAAGCAUACAAUUAACUUGGCUGAUAGAGUUUGUAGUUGUAGAACUUGGCAACUGAGAGACAUUCCAUGCCAACAUGCUAUUACUGCUUUGUGUCACAUAGAACAGGAGCCUGAACCUCUUGUGGAGCAUUGGUAUAAGAAGGAUACUUUCUUAAAGGCUUAUAGUCAUUUCAUCCAACCAAUUCCAAAUAUGAAGAUGUGGCCUGAAACUAACAAUCCAAGGAUUGAACCUCCUGAACCUAAACCAAUGCCUGACAGACCUGCAAGAAGUAGAAGAAAGGGCAAAGAUGAACCAAGAAAGAAGUAUGGAAAAAUGUCUAAACAAGGAGUGAAACAGAAUUGUUCCAUGUGUAAACAACAAGGUCAUAACAAGAGAUAUUGCAAGGUUGCUGAUCAAAGUUCAGAAGCAGCUACCCAUAAUUCACAAUUUACUGGUCAAAGCUCACAAGGAAGUUGCCAACCUAAACCAAAAAACUUCAGUCAACCUGAACCAAAAAAGACUCUACAAGCUGAACCAACAACAUUCAGCCAACCUGCAUCAACUACAUCAAGCAAGCAUGCUUCUUCAACAACAGUUUGUGCUGAUACAAGUAGAGUUAAGAGGGUGAAUGAUACAAGCUCAAGCCAACCACCAUCAUAUGUGGAUACAAGUAUUCCUUUUACAAGAGGAAUAACAAGUCAACUACCUCGGAGGGAAAGAAAGACUGUUGGACAAAAGAGACGAGUUGCAGCAACUGGAGAAGACUCUGCAAGAGGGGGGACAAAGAAAUCAUCAUAUGGUGGAUCAAGGACUUCAAGUCAAAGAAUUCUACCAACAGGUUCAAAUUUUAAGGAUGCAAGUUCAACAGGCAUAGACCUUGGUUUUAAGACUAGAGGCUUGAGAUGGAAAAAUAAAGAUGUUGUCACUACCAACCAGUUGCAGCAAAUGGCAAACAAAAAGAAGAAGUAAUAGCAGCUUGAAGUUUUGAAUACUAAUUGCGGAUUGCUUAACAGCUUAACAUAAGGUGUAACAUCUUUUGAGGAUUGUAACCUUGUUAAACCAGUCCACUGAUCGUGGUAUUUAGCAUAAUGCUAACUUUGAGUUCAUUGUGGAUUAUGUUUUUGUAGUUACAUUGUGAUAUUGUUAAAUGUUUUUGGUAUUAAAUUUGUAAAGUCUCUA